UUUCAUUUAAUUUCAUGAAAUUUUUAGGAAAACAAGGAAUUCGUUUACCGCCUAUAAGCCCUCAUGCAAUAGAUGGUAUAGAAAUGGUUCGUUUCACUCCAAAUCACGAUCAAAUAGAGCUGAUCAAACAUGCACUUGAUGAAUUUACUAAUCCUCCCUCAGCCAAUCAAAAUGAAGAACACUCGACUGUUACUCCUAUCGAAGAAACCAUUGAAUUUACUCCGCAAACACAGCCCAAAGUUGAACAAAAAGAAAAAUUGCAUACUGCCGAGUAUGAGAGUUUCAUUCAACAAUUGGAAACGGAAGGUUACUUUGAUAUGCCAAAAGAUCGGGGCAAAACUUCCAGUUCUAUCUUCAGUUCCGGAAAGCUCUGUUGUUCGAUUAAAGCCGCAAACUGA